ACAGUUUAAAUUCACUUUCGUUGUUCAAAGCAACUCAAAUUAAACAGUUCUAAAAUGGCUUUCAAAUUCAUCACAUUUUUUGCUGCAUGCCUCGCUGUUGCCAGCGCUGGUGUAAUUCCAGCUGCUCCUUUGGCAGCCGUUGCCAAAGUUGAGGAAUACGAUCCCCAUCCCCAAUACUCUUAUGGUUAUGAUGUUAAGGAUGCCAUCUCUGGUGACUCCAAGACCGCCGUAGAAACUCGUGAUGGUGGUUUUGUGAAAGGCCAAUACUCUUUGAAUGACGCUGAUGGUUACAGACGCAUUGUUGACUACACAUCCGACCCUAUAAAUGGAUUCAAUGCUGUUGUCCGUCGUGAACCUUUAGUAGCUGCUGUCGCUGCUCCAGUUGUUGCUGCUCCCGCUCCCGUCGUUAAGGCUGCCCCUGUUGUUGCCGCCCCUGCUGCCGUUCCUUUCACCUAUGCUGCUGCUCCCGUUGCCGCUCCCUUCACUUAUGCUGCCGCUCCCGUAGUCAAAGCCGCCGCUCCUUAUGUUGCUGGACCAGCUGUAGUAAAGACAACUUUCGCAUCUCCCCUUAUCUCUUAUGCUUACUAGAUAAUGGUUUUCGUUUCGUUUGUGACUGAUAGUUGUUAAGGAUAAAUAAAUAUGAAUUGAUUGUUUAUUAUAUA